GGGAGACGUCAAUCUUGGAGCGCUCCAGAAGGCUGGAUGGAGAGUGGGGCCGAGUGGGGACGUUGGCUUUGGCUGCGACGAAGGCGGUGGCGGCGAGGACGGCGGCUGCGGGCGUUUGGCCGAGCUCCUGAUAUUCAAGAUGAAUCUCGAAAAACUCAACAAAGCUGAAUUACUGACACUUUUUAGUAUCCUUGAAGGUGAAUUAGAAGCCAGAGAUCUUGUUAUAGAAGCUUUAAAGGCCCAACAUAGAGAUGCUUUUAUUGAAGAACGUUAUGGAAAAUACAACAUCAGUGAUCCGUUGAUGGCUCUUCAGAGAGAUUUUGAAGCACUGAAGGAUGAAAAUUAUGGUGAAAAGCAACCUGUUUGUGCCAAUCCUUUAUCCAUCUUGAAGGUAGUAAUGAAACAUUGCAAGAAUAUGCAGGAAAAAAUGUUGUCUCAACUGGCUGCUGCAGAGAGUAGACACAGAAAGGUAAUUCUGGAUCUUGAAGAAGAAAGGCAACGACACGCCCAAGAUACUGCUGAAGGCGAUGAUGUCACUUAUAUGCUGGAAAAAGAACGAGAACGGCUCACACAACAGUUGGAAUUUGAAAAAUCUCAGGUGAAGAAGUUCGAGAGGGAACAAAAAAAGUUGGCUAGCCAACUGGAGGAGGAGCGUGCACACCACAAGCAACUUUCUUCUAUGCUUGUGUUGGAAUGUAAGAAGGCCACAACUAAAGCUACAGAAGAAGGGCAAAAGCUUGGAGAGUUAAAUAUGAAGUUGGAAAAGGAAAGAAGCAAAGUAAACCAGUUAGAGGAGGAGCUAGCAGCCAAGAAGAAAAGAGGCUUGCAAAUGGAAGCACAAGUUGAAAAACAGCUAUCUGAGUUUGACAUUGAACGAGAGCAGUUGAAAGCCAAACUUAACCGGGAAGAAAACCGCACUAAAGUCCUAAAAGAAGAAAUAGAGGAUCUGAGAAAAACAUUACAACAAGUAGAAACUUCUUUGAAAACUGGCAGCAACAAAGUUGAGAGCACUUCCCCAUAUGUCUCAAUGGUGUCCACAGCAACUGUUACAGAAACCUCCUUAGGUAGGUCAGUGGCUUCUCAGACUAGUGAUCACUUGACAGAAAACAUGAACCAAGAGUCUUCAGUCAAAUUGGCACACACGUUACCACUGGCCGCAGCUCUCCAUCCCUAUGCCAAGGCAAACGGACAUUGUGACGCUGAUACACUAACAGAUGUUGAGGCUUCUCAACCUGCAGUAGAGAAUCUACACAAGGGCAAGUCUGUUGGGCCAGCUGCUGAGAAUACUGCAGAAAGUAGCAUCUCCCCAGUAAGAACAGAGUCUCUUUCUACUUCAGUGCCACCACUCCCUUCCAAUGGAAUUUCCUUGUCUCCCAGCAAUACUGCUGCUUCUUCUCUGACAUCUUCACCAUGCUCCUCCCCAGUCAUGACUAAGCGUCUACUGGGAACAUCAACCAGCAACCCAAGCUACCAAUCUUCCUACCAAGUGGGAAUCAAUCAGCGCUUCCAUGCUGCUCGUCACAAAUUCCAAUCUCAGGCAGAUCAAGAUCAUCAAUCAAGUGGUCUCCAAAGUCCACCAUCCAGAGAUUUGUCACCUACUUUUGCUGAUAAUUCUGCAGCAAAACAGCUUGCCCGCAAUACAGUCACUCAGGUUCUCUCCAGAUUCACCAAUCAACAGGGGCCUAUCAAACCAGUCUCCCCUAACAGUUCACCUUUUGGCACAGACUACCGAAAUCUCGCCAAUGCUAUGAGCCCCAAAAGUGAAACUAGCCCAGGUAAGGUCUGUGGUCCUUUAAGUCCCCUUUCACCUGGAAUUAAAUCACCCACUAUACCCAGAGCAGAAAGAGGAAAUCCUCCACCAAUUCCUCCAAAGAAACCUGGUCUGGCUCCUUCUCCAGUAACGGCCACGCCACCAGUGAAAACUUCAAAUCAGGCAUCUCUGGGUUCUCCUAUGGACAUGGCAACUAGUUGUUCAAGCAACGCUGUUGUAGCCAAUGGGAAAGAUAUUGAGAUUUUACUGCCAACCAAUAGCUAGUCUUAAAAAGAGUAACAUUCCAGGUGUUUGCAAUUCCUAGAGUUCAAACUCAGUCUUAUUCACUCCAUGUUAUUUAUUUAUGUACUAACAAUCUUCUUGUAUUACACAUUUGUUUCUUUGUUUUAUACAGUGUAGAAAAUAAUACAACUUGUACAAUUUUUUGAACGUUCAGAGCCUCAAGGCAUCUCAUGGCAGCAGGGAAAUCAAACAAAAAGAGAAGCAGUUGUUCUGUUCUGGGAGCUGACCUAUGGACUAUGACAACAGAAUACUCAUUUUUAAAUUAUGCAGAAAAACACUCCAUGCAAACUUCUAUUCCUUUUCUAAGAAGUGCCUGAGCUAAAGCCUGCAGAUAUGAAUGUGAUUCUCUGUGAUACCAGUAGGCAUUAUCCAACUGUGGAAAAUAACAAUUUCUGAAUCAUGAAUGUUUGAAAUCAAUAUGGUUCUUAACCCUUUCCAAUAUAUUUAUUGGUAAUGUGUUAUGAAAUGUCCCAAAGGUGAACAUUAAACUGGUUUUCUCUGUUAUGAACAAAAUAAUAAUAAUGUAGCUGUUGUCAGAUGCACUUUGGCCUUGUUGCUAAAUUGUAUGCAACUCAUGUUUUUCCUAUGAUACAAACUUUGAAAAGAGUUGUUGGCUUUAAGCAACCAAGUUACCAGUCUUUACAAAAUAUUGUCCAUUCCUUACAAGUUUCUCUCCAUAGAGCAAAAUAAGUAAAACUUUAAUAAGCAUUCUACUGUUGUGUGUAGAACUUCUGAGAGUAGGGCCUUUGCUGUUCCUUGAGAAAAAAAUUAAAUACUACUUGAAAUCAGAAAUGACUAAUCAGGAUUUUCAGAUGUUUAUAUAUAAAAAAGGUGGGAUCAGUACUAAAAGAUCCAAAGCAAUAAGUAAAGAAUUGCUUAAUAUCAUUGUAAUUCCAGCAGGCAUAGGUCUCGCUAGAUAAGUUUUAUUGUCUUAGAGAAUUGCUCAUUUCGCAGCAAUAUGAAAACCAAAUUCUUAAGCUUUCAAAGAUGCAGUUUGUAUAGAGAGCUGUAUACAUAACUAGACACAACAUUUUUAAUCUUAACAGUGAUCACAUUGACAUUAUUUAUACCUCAGAUCACUUGUACAAUUACUUUUAGGGCUUUAUGUAUUUGAGAAAACCCAUUUUCCUAAGAAAAAUAAUAAACUGGGACCAAUAUAAGACUCAACAAGCAGUUUUCUUUGUAAUAAAUCUUCAGUAAUGCAAACUUUAGGGCAAACGUUUAUGCCUUGAUCAUGUCAGUGGGGCCAAUAUACUUAUAUAGCUGUUCAUGUUUGAAAUCGUUUCAGGAGUAUUUCAUUACUGGGAUAAUUCAGAUCAAGGUUAAUGAUAAACUAGGUGUCUUUAAUUUGACCUUAGGAAAAAUAUGUGAAUGCCUCAACAAACUCAGUGUGCGCUAAUAAUAAGAAUCACAACAUAAUCUUUUGAAACUAUUGCAACUUGCUGCUUUGACAUUCAGUGAUCUGGUUUGGGAAACUGUUGAGUUGUGGGUGGUAUUGUGAAAUUUAGGAGCAAAUAUCUGGGUUUAGAUGGUGCUGGUUUUUUCAGUGCUUUUAAAACAAAUAAGGGCUGAAAUUGGUGCAUACUUCUUUUCCAGUCAUUGUCUCAUAUAUUUUGCCUUUUAAAAACAAAAAUAAGCCAAAAAACUUAGCCUCAUUCCAUCAAUUAUAAGUGCCACACAUCCAUUUGCCACCACAAAAUUGCCCAUUCCUGCAUCAGACCAAAGUUCUUCAUUGCAAUUUUUUU